AGGGCACCUUAUCAUUAGUAAGGUGCCUUUAUAUCAGUGUCACACGACCAUCAAGAACAUUAUCUCUAUUCUUGACAUCCAAAAGCCACGCAGCUAUGAGUCUUUUACCGAGGUGUAUCUAAUUCAGGAACUGAUGGAGACGGAUAUGCAUAGGGUGAUCCGCACACAGGAUCUAUCUGACGAUCACUGCCAGUAUUUCAUCUACCAGACUCUACGAGCGCUGAAGGCUAUGCACUCCGCAAAUGUGCUUCACCGAGACUUGAAGCCUAGCAACCUCCUGUUGAACGCUAACUGCGACCUGAAAGUCUGCGACUUCGGACUUGCUCGAUCUGCGGCGUCUCAAGAGGACAACUCUGGCUUCAUGACGGAAUACGUUGCUACUCGAUGGUAUCGUGCGCCCGAGAUUAUGUUGACCUUUAAGGAAUACACAAAGGCUAUUGACGUGUGGUCCGUAGGCUGCAUUCUUGCCGAGAUGCUGAGCGGGAAGCCCUUAUUCCCUGGAAAGGACUAUCACCAUCAGUUAACCCUGAUCCUGGACGUCCUUGGCACCCCUACCAUGGAGGACUACUAUGGAAUUAAGUCUCGCCGCGCUCGCGAGUACAUUCGCUCUCUUCCGUUCAAGAAGAAGGUCCCAUUCCGAACUCUCUUCCCCAAGACGUCCGAUUUGGCGCUCGACCUACUCGAGAAGUUGUUGGCCUUCAACCCGGUGAAGCGCAUCACGGUGGAAGAAGCCUUGAAGCACCCUUACCUCGAACCGUACCACGACCCCGAGGACGAGCCUACCGCACCACCGAUUCCUGAGGAGUUCUUCGACUUCGACAAGCACAAGGAUAACCUUAGCAAAGAGCAGUUGAAGCAACUCAUCUACCAAGAGAUUAUGCGGUAGAACAGCAGUUUCUUGAGCAAACUCAGGAUUCGGGAGAGCAUUUCGCAGCUCAUGCAGAACCUUAAGAUUCGAGAUCGCACACCCUCACUGGCGGAUUCACGCAAAAAGCAUCGCGGUUGAGGGGUGGUGCUUGGUUUUGCAUAGCGGGUGGCGGCGGCCUUGGAGAGUAACCGGACGGUGAUAAACCUACCUCGUCGAGGAUCAGCGUGGAGGAGUAGUUUACCCUAAGAUAUAACUCGCGAAGGGCAGGUGGAGAUCUUAUGCCACGAGAUCUGGUGUGGGAUCUGGCAUGACUGUGGAGAGGCCAGAUGGAUAAGGAUAUAUCUUGUCUUCUCUCCGAUUUCUUUUUCUUUACUCUUGUUAGUAGUAAAACAGACGUUUUUUCUGGUACUCUCUUGCCUAUAGCUUAUCUGCUCAUUUGAUUAUGCGCUGUGCUAUUUGUUAGCUGGCCAGGUAAAUAUCGUUGAGGCUCUGUUGUGAUUAAUGUAAAGUUGUUGGAGAAUAUAGACCAUCCAACACCGAACAUGAAUGGGAAGAUGAAAUAAUCAGGCAAAAAUAUUUAAGAACUUCUCUUUUCAUCCAAGUAGUAUAAGAAAGAAC